UACACCGGCAACAACAAUGUUAAAAAGCACCACCACAACUAUACCGGCAACAACAGCUACUAUACUCAACAGUGGUGGAAAUGAAAGACCUACAAGGAAUAACGCAAACAACGGGCGCGCACGUCGUGAAAUUAGAGGCCCUGUGACACAAACCAGUAGAGACAACACAACCGGCCUCUUUCAAGGAAUUGACGUUUCAUGCGCCAUGAAGACUGCAAUAAUACACACCAACUGUUCUGUGAUGCUGCAGCUGAAGCAGAGGAUCCCUUCAUGUUGUAUCCUUCGUACGCUCUGUGCGGCCAGUAAAACAUCUUCUGACAUCCAUGUGGUGGGGAAAUCAGCAGCAGGUCCACUACUAAAUGAGUGCAAUAGCAGCAAUACACAAGAGCUAAACAGUUGCACGUAUACUGGUCAAACUGGCGCAUCAUGUGAAGAGUCCGGGACUGCAUAUGUGGUUCCUCAGCGCAACUCAACUCACUGUGGUGCAGAUAAAGAGAACAACACCUGCAGCUGCUCUGCUUACUGCAGUGGAACUGAUGCAUACUACACUUUUCAACUUUCAACACAAGAUUCCAAGAUUAACAUGUCAAACGUCAGGUCUAUGAUUUCUGAGCUAAAACAGCAAAAAAACUGUGCUUCAAGUUCAGAUGUUUCAUGUGGGUUGUCCAACAUUGCAUCUGAAUACAAGGGUUUGAAUCUGAAAUGUGGAAGCAGAGCAACACACUGCAAGGUGAUUUUAGGCUUUUUCCAUGAGGUUCCUAUCUGUAAAGUGUCUGCAGCCGUGAUGAGUCUGUUUCAGUCUGAGAAAACAAUCAUUUUCAAUGGUCAAGUGACUCGAGCAGCAAUUUGUGGAAAUUCAAUCGUCAGCGACCAUCCACUGACAUCCAAAUUCAUGUGGACUAAAGUUAACCUAACGUCUGCUUCCUUUUGUGAGACAAGAGAAGACUCUGACACCCUCACUUGUCAAAAUGGAAUAAAUGUGCUUGUGCAGCUGCAAGAGCAGUGUGUUGCGGGGCCGUUUCCCACACCCGGCCCGAAUGUGACAAUCGCACAAACAAACACCACCAGCUCUUCUGUAAAUGUGACUUCCUCCCCACUGAACACAACAGCUCAAGCCCUGAAUGCCACCACCACUGCUGCUGCAGCUGAAAGGCAAGCCAACGCACUGCUUGAGCUGACCCGAGACGUGUCCAAGCUGAACUCCAGCCAGGUGGCUCAGCUGGUGUCUCAGCUGGAGAAUCUUCUGUCGGGCCCGACCGUGGCGCUGGCGCUGGGGAACACCUCCGUCCACAUUGUCAGCAAUCUGCUGGGUGCCUCUCCUGAGGUGCUGUCUGACUCCUCCAACAGCAUUAUAGGGAUUGUUGAUACAGUAGGGUUGAAGCUGGUUCUUGAUGGAAAGGCUGAGACCCUCUUGUCCCCAGCUGUGGCUCUGUCUGUGAAACCAGUAGAUGGCAGCAACUUUCAGGAAACAUUUUUCUCCAUCUCGGACCCAAAUAAUGUACAGGUCCGUGGGGAUCCCAGGCUGAGGAGGAGCCUGAGAGCAGACUCCUCCAUCCCUCAGGGCUCCAUCAGGCUGCCCCCAUCUCUCACACAGGACCUGACCGACGAGCAACAGCAGCUGGCCACCAGAGUCCAGUUCAAUUUCUACCAGGAGAGCACAGUGUACCAGGACAGAUCUUUGGGAAACCGCAAACUCAAUAGUGGGAUCCUUGGAGCAAGUGUGGCCAACCUGUCAAUCAGAGAACUGCAGGACGAUGUUGUAAUUAUCCUGAGGAACUCAGAGCCCGUUCCAGCUAAUUUUGUGGCUACAUGUGUUUUCUGGGACUUUACAUUAAAUGACGAAUCAGGUGGUUGGAAUCAAAAAGGCUGUUCUGUCCGAAACAGCACAGACAAUGAGACAGUUUGUGGCUGCAACCAUUUAACCAGUUUUGCCAUACUGCUGGACCUCUCCAGAGAGCCUGUACUCAGUCGUGUACAGGCCACCAUCCUUACCUUCAUCACAUAUAUUGGCUGUGGAAUCUCUGCCAUCUUCCUGUCCAUCACCCUCCUCACCUACUUGUCCUUUGGGAAGUUGCGGAAGGACAUUCCAUCCAAAAUCUUAAUCCAGCUGUGCGUGGCUCUGCUGCUGCUGAACCUGGUCUUCCUGGUGGAUGCAUGGCUGGCGCUCUACCCAGACGCUGUGGGCCUCUGCGUCUCCACCGCCUGGUUCCUUCACUACUUCCUGCUGGUUACCUUCACCUGGAUGGGACUUGAGGCUUUCCACAUGUACCUGGCCCUUGUGAAAGUCUUCAAUACCCACAUAUCACGCUACAUGCUGAAGCUCUCGCUGAUCAGCUGGGGAGUCCCGAUGAUCGUGGUCAUCAUUGUCAUUGCGAUUGACAAGGACAACUACGGUCUUGUCUCCUAUGGAAGGUUUUCCGACGGCACUAGUGACGACUUCUGCUGGCUGAAAAAUGACAUUGCUUUCUUUGUAGCAGUGGUGGCCUAUUUCUGCAUCAUUUUCCUUUUCAACCUUGUCAUGUUCGUUGUGGUGUUGGUGCAACUGUACCGGAUAAAGAGGCAGAACCCUCACAAUGUGCAGCACCGCACCACGCUGCAGGAUGUGCGCAGUGUGGCGGGGAUAAUAAUCCUCCUGGGCCUCACUUGGGGCUUUGCCUUUUUCGCCUGGGGGCCCCUUAACCUGCCCUUCAUGUACCUGUUUGCCAUCUUUAACUCCUUUCAAGGUUUCUUCAUAUUUGUGUUUUACUGCGCGGUAAAGGAAAAUGUGAGGAAGCAGUGGAGGACCUACCUGUGCUGUGGCAGAAUGAGACUAGCAGAGAACUCAGAAUGGAGCCGCACUGCAACACAGAAGACUGCGAAGAAGUCAUCCGUGACCAGAAUUACAUCUCUUCAUUCCUCCCAGUCCAACAACUCAUCCAGCUCGUCGUCUUUCCUCGCCAGUGACUCCUCAGAGCUGAUUAAUGGCAUUGGAAGCCCAUUUGAAGACCGAACAAUCACAGCAGAUGAAGACCCCAGAGGGGAUGUGGUCCUCAACGAGAUCAACAGCCAGUACAGAAACCAACAAGCACCCUGAUGCAGAAAGGACAGAACGGUCUGUUUAAUGGGAGGACAAUGGAGUAGAAGGGCUGCUGUUUUAUUUGUGGUAAUCACAUACAGGUGCUCUUUGGAUCCUUCAGGUGUACAGUGCUUAAUUAAUCUUGUGAAGGGCUCAUUGCACAAGUGGAAUUCUUUUAUGUUCUCAAAAAAGAAUAAAUUGCAAGUCUACUUCACAGAAAUAAUCCAAGGCACACUGUAGGGAUGUAAUUGUUUUUGGAGACUUGCAAUUCAUACUUUUUUUGAGACAAAAACUAUUUCCCCCGAUGCAAUGGGCCUGUUUAAUGGCUCUUAUUUUGAAAUACUUGUAUAUAAUGUUAAUGUAGAGUAAUUUAUGUCCAUCGGCAUGUCACAUGUAUUGUAUGACUUGUAACAUUAUACAUGGCACUUGAUUUUUGCAGUUUCCUAUAUUCAUUCAUAAUUGUAUUUGCACAAGGAACCUGAACAACCUUCUUUUCUUUGUACAGUGAUGUUAUCAAUAUAAGGAAUCAUAUUCCAACGGUUUACACAGAUAUUUACCCAUGGUCAACAGGCGUGUACUGGUUCUGACUGAUAAAUUACUUUUUUUGUAAUUGUCAAAUAAAAACAAGUAUUUUUACAUUUAGCACAAUUUAUUAGAGCAAAAGUCUAGCGAUCAGUGUUUUUCCAGACAAAUGUUAGUUAUUGUCAGCUGAGGUUGGCAGUGAUUAAGAAGUUAGUUUUGGUAUUGUUGGAAAAGUGAAGACUUUCAUACUAGCUGAACAUUAAGGGGAAUUAUUAGCACAGCAACUACGUAUUCAGUAGACUGUGAAUGCUUCUACGAAAUGCAAUAUUCAACAUCAUUUAUGCAUACAAAGGUUCACGCCUUUACAACUUCAGAUAAUGUGUCAAAAGGGGAGUAUGGUAUUUCAGACACAGGCUGUUUCUGCGGACCUUCAGUUCUGGAGUCAAGGUCUCUGUGUCUCUAUCUUACCAACAAAGAAACAGUGUCUCCACUUCUCACCCUUGUGGGAAAAGACAACAAGACACCUUGAUACAAAACUAAUUAAAAUCAUCUGCAAAACUGCUGUUCUGUGUCUGCCUGUGUUCCUCACUUUCAGUUGUACAUUCUCUAAACUUUCACUAUACUAUAACAUAAUUUCCCACUACAUGUUACAUGCCUUUUUCCACAGCAGACAGUUUGACUUGUCAUAGUAGAGGUGU